AUGAGAGGAAAGCGAUCAAAACAAUAUCGGAAGCUCAUGGAGCAGUUCUCCCAGACCUUCGGCUUUCGUGAGCCCUAUCAGGUUCUGGUCGAUGCCGAGAUGGUGAGAGAUUCUUCCCGAUUCAAGAUGGACCUUGAGCCCGCUCUAUCGAGGACAGUUCAUGGCAAGGUCAAGCCUAUGAUUACUCAAUGCGAAAUUCGCAAACUUUAUGCAGCGCGAAAUGAGCCAGGUGUACAUGAGGCCAUUGACCUAGCCAAGACCCUGGAGCGAAGACGAUGCGGUCACCAUCCCGACGAUUAUCCCGAGCCAUUGAGCACUCAAGAGUGUCUUCGAUCAGUUGUCGACCCCAAAGACACACUUCAGAACAAGCAUCGCUAUGUGGUGGCCAGCCAAGACCAGGAGGUACGAAGGAUGCUGCGAGGCAUCAAAGGAGUCCCCCUCAUCUACAUCAAGAGGAGUGUCAUGAUUCUCGAGCCAAUGGCGGAUGAGAGCGUUCAAGUGCGAGCAAAGGAGGAGAGAAGCAAAUUUCGAGCAGAGAUCAAGAACCAAUUGGGCAAGCGAAAGCGAGAAGACGCAGACGACGACAAGGCCGACAAGAAGACCGACAACGACUCUGAAGAACAAAAACAGAAGAAGAAGAAAGGACACGGACCCAAGGGACCCAAUCCUUUGGCGGUCCAGAAACCCAAGAAAGCAAAGACAGAAGGACAACAACCACGAAAACGAGACUCUACUGAUGCGAAGGACGUCCCACAAGAAGGCGCCGGCAAGCGAAAGAGACGGAGGAGGAACAAGGCUACUGCAGCAGAUGAAGGCGAAACGGACACUGCAGCAGCGGAAGUGACCAUGGCAGAGUCAUGA